AACUAACUGGGCACGCGCACAGCGAGGCGAGACGGCCGGACGGACGGACACAUGUACUGUUUGAUGGGGCGGGGAAUGAAAUUCGAUGUGUUAUUGACAGAACGGAAUCUAUAAUCUCAUAAUUAAAAUCAUAACAUUAAACAAAAACCACACACCACAUGUUAUAUUGUUUGAUGAAUUGACCAGAGCUUUCGAGACUGUCAAAGGAAUGGCGUAACACGGUUUAUUUUGUUGAAGAACGCGACCGAGCGACCCAGUCUGUUUCUGUUUUCAGACCGCUGAUCGAUCGUAACCAACCGCCGGCCGGCGUCUUCAGAAGUCGGCUAAUGAGGACAGAUUCUUGGACCUCUGGAAACAAGUGACCUCGUCACCUUCUCAACUCAAAAUGGCCAUCGAAUCUCUGCUGGUUAUUAGCCAGUUUCCUAUGCUCUUGUCUGUCUUCGUUCUACUUGAGCUGUGGUACUUCAUCUACACGAAUCUCUGCCCCUUCCUGGACCGUAUCCCGUAUUUCCAGAGACUGAAUCCAUGCAAUGCCUGUCUGCGAAUCGGUUUUCACCUCCUGCCACUGGCCCGCUUCCUUGCUGUUCCAUCGGACGGCGACCCGGCCGCUUUGCGGCUCCCGAUAGAUGCUGAAAAGGAUGAGGAUUUUAACGUGGAUUGGCUGUUCAAAGACGAUGAGAUUAAUACAAGUAGCAGCACAGAAAAUGGGGAAACAACAUCUUCGGAUUUUUUGACAGUUGGAGAGGGGAAGUCGACUUCGAGAAUAAAUGUCUACAAGGCGCUACCAUUCCGCUUCACAUCUCGUCUAUGGGGUCAAGUUAAUAGUCUGGAUGUACCCCACAUGCUUAGGAAGCCUAUUUAUGGACUCUAUGCACGUCUUUUCAACUGUAAUGUAUCGGAGGCCUUAGUUGAAGAUCUGACGUGGUACCAGAACCUUAGUGACUUCUUUCGCCGUGAGCUGAAGCCUGGAGUAAGACCUGUGGAACAAACAAGAUCUCUCGUCAGUCCAUGCGAUGGGAAGGUGCUCCACUUUGGCAAGGUUGAGAAGGGAUGGAUGGAACAAGUGAAAGGAGUGACUUACACCCUGCAGGGUUUCCUGGGGCCCAGUAUCAGGGGACAGCCACACACAGAAACAACCAGCGAGAUCCCUGAGCACGAUUAUCAGACGUCGUUAAGCAUUAGACCGGGUAAUAGCCUGUACCAGUGUGUCAUUUACCUAGCGCCCGGAGACUAUCAUCGAUUCCAUUCACCAACUGACUGGACUAUCAACCACAGGAGACAUUUCCCAGGUCUGUUGUUCUCGGUCAAUCCAGGUGUCGCUCGUUGGAUCCGUGGUCUCUUCAACAUGAAUGAGAGGGUUGUCCUACAUGGUGAAUGGGAGCAUGGGUUCUUCUCAAUGACUGCUGUAGGGGCUACCAACGUGGGCUCCAUUGGCAUUUAUUUUGAUGAGGAUCUUCGAACCAACGUUCCAGGCAGGUUCAAGACAGGGGAGUACUAUGACCACCACUACAAUCAGUCUUCUAACAACAACACCAAAGAUAAUGCACCAGAGGGAGUCCAAGUAGUCAAAGGAGAGGGCGUCGGAGAGUUCAAUCUAGGAUCAACGAUAGUUCUGAUCUUUGAGGCACCGAAAGAUUUUGAAUUUUCCUUCAAGCCGGGGGAGAAGAUUCGCCUGGGAGAGGGUAUUAGUUCACUUUGAGGAUGAGUUGGUCUUUGGUUUAGCAAUCCUAUCAGGAAAAUGUCACCAGCAAGAGCCUUCUUCUUUGGUUCAACUCUUCUUUAGAAUAACAACCCAAGGAAGGAUUAAUCAAUUGAAGAAAAAUCAAUUUCUUUUUCGGUACUUUUGCUCAAAAUGCAACUAUUUGUUGAGAAGAGAAUUUUAAUGUUAGGACAAAAUGCCUAAGUUCUGUGAAAAUUGCAUUUCACAUAAAACGUUCUUGCUGUUGUGUCAGCCUGUAACUUAAAGGAGACAAUUGAUGUAGUCAUUGCCUUGGUUUCUGUUGAAAUGUUAUGAUGAGAAAAUGUAAUAUUUUCCUCUGGAGGUGUCUUUAAUCCAGGUGUUAUCUUUGACCUAAUGAAGUGCGAAGACGGGUACUUUCAAAUCAAUUUAGAGUGAAGUUCGUUCAGACUUUCACUCCCAAAAGAGCGAAACUGACGCCACUCGCACAAAAUUGUCCCUCUUUUAUAUUAUGAGAGUAAUAUUGAUUUGCUUAGCUACUUUGUAUGCGUAAGAAAUUAUACGAUUGAGGCAGGGGACUUCAGGUGGACUUCUGAUCAUGCUGGUCAUGUUGGUUGUGCAUUUUUCUAUAAAGCCCACUUCAUACUUCAUGCUCGAUACAAAUUGGAGAUACCUGCCCUGUUUUGGCAGUGAAUGUUUCGCAGGAGUUGAACACAGCUCAAGUUUUGCAAAUUAUUUGUUGCAAAUUUCGCUUCGCAGGAAGUAUGCACUGGGCUUACCUUGACACUUCAAUGGUCAAUGGAUUUAUAUGUAUGUGUGGAGAUACUUCAAGGUGAUGUGUACAGUAACAAAAGUGUACAUUCUUAUAUUAUCUGUAACUUUAUGGGAGUUGAGGGACAAAACAUUUACAAUUUAUGUAUUUUUUACUAGAUGUAUAUGACUUUCUUUUUCACUGUGCAGAGUCACAAAAUGAGCACCUUUUGAAGGUUGCCGUGUCUGAAUUAGGCCGUAUCCGAAUUGACGUCUUCAGCUGUUGCUAAGGAUGUCCUAUGCCUCAACGCAUGAUGAAGUGAAAUUGGAGCCGUAGCCUAGCUGUAGCUGCCAAUUCGGACAUGGCCUAAGAAGUUUUCCAGAAGUUUUACAAACGUGGACGGGGGACUGCUGUAAGUUUUUACUUUGCCUUGUCAGUGAAGUGAUCACUGAACAGGUUAAACUUAAAGUAUCACUUUAUUUAACAAAGCCCGUACUUAACCUCUAUGUAUUAACAAUUUAGGUAAAUAGUGUGGAAUUCCCAUCUGACUACAGUGAAUGUAUUAUGACAUUCUUAUGAACUGAUGUACAUGUACAACAGUGGUCCAACAUGGUCCCAAAACCAUUAAAUAAUGUGAAUUAUAAACGAAUAACAACUGUGCAGUCAUUUUGUGUGUGAUUAAAACUGCUGGACUGAACCCU